AUGGAGACCUUUACCAUUGCCGUCAUUGGCUCUGCCGGUGCUGGCAAGUCGACGUUCAUCCAAAAGGUCCUCGGCCUCUCUAGGCCGCCCAUCGCCAGCUCCGCAAGCGUCCGACUCGUCGUCGACAAUGUGACGCACGGCGUUUCGCUUUUUGAGCUUGACUUGGAGAAUUUCGACCAGACCGCUUCUUCUCAGACGAUCCAAUGGCCCAAGCAAAUCAACGGCCACAUUGUCCCCCGCCCGGACGCCGCGCUGGUGUUAUAUGAUGUCACCAACCCUGAAUCCGUUCGACCACUUCCCCAGGCAAUGACUGCCAUCACCAAUGCUGGCUUACCUUCCAUACUGGUUGCCUGCAAGUGCGAAAUCGACGAGGAAGACUGGGAGGUGGACGUCGACAGCAUCGCCGGUCACAAGAUUUUCAAGUCCUGCAUUGGUACAUAUCAAGUGUCUUUUGACAAGGCUGACAUUUCAAGGGCUUGCCUGCAAUCUAUCUUGAAAGCUGCCAUUGCCCACAGGAAGGAGCACAGCGAAACUGUUCCUCGCCGACGCGCACAAUCUGCCGUCAAUCUCGAAGCCCCAGAUACUUCUUCUGCGCGUCCCCUUAGUCAACAGAGCAAACAUAGCCGUGCCAGCUCAGAACUGUCCGUGCUAAAAGGCUUCGGUACGCCGCAUAGCGAAAGCUACCGAGCCCGCGCCUCCAAGAACUCGGGGCAAGCCUACCGAAGCGAUAAGCCCAGCGCAGACUAUUUUUUGGAUGUCGAGGAGUCUGAUAGCGAAGGGCCAGCAUACUCGGAUGACAUUCCAAUUCUGCAGAGGACCGACGAGAACUUCGUUGAGAAGCCGCCCAAGAUGACCGGAGUCCCCUUGACAGAGCUUGUCGACCGUCUUCUUGCGCUAAGACUCUCCCGUGCCGACAACAACUUUUCAGAUAUUUUCUUGUGCUUGUAUCGCAAGUUCACCACACCGACCGAGCUCUUCGCAGCUAUCCUAGCGCGCCUUGAUCGCGUCCGAGAUGACAAGACGGCACACUACCUUUCGAAAACAGCUACCCAGCUUCGCAUCAUUGAGGUCAUUGCCAAAUGGGUGUCGCUCUACCCCGGAGACUUUGCCAAAAUCUCCACGCGAAAAAGUUUAUUCGAAUUUAUUCAACACCUCUCAGCAGAGCCCAUCUUUUCCGUUGCCUCUCAACAGAUGAGGAGAAGUCUUCGGAGAGGCAUUCUCGAAGACGAUGACACUGGCUGGGCCGCUUCCGACCACAGCGACUCAGACUGUGACAACGAGAGGCUAUCCAGGGAGAUGAAUGAGCUGUCCGCCAGUAUUGGCAUGUUUCAAGUUGACGACGACGCUGAUGGCGGCCCAGACGCCACUGCGCUGCCCGAUUUUGCUGGACAGCCCGGUGGGCAAGUUCAAUUCCACUCGUAUGACGAAUAUGAACGAGAAGCAACGUCACUUGAACCAGAAGAUUUGCAUCCGAUGAACAAAACGCGAUAUCACAUCUUUAUGGAUCUAUCCGAUGACGAAAUUGCGGACGAACUGACGAGAAUCGACUGGAUUCUGUUCUCCUCCAUUAGGAUCCGAGAUUUUGUCCGUUAUGUCAGUCUGUCUUCGACGCAAAAAGAAAAGGCCACCAGCUUGAAAAAUGUGAAUCGCAUGAUUAAUCACUUCAAUCACAUUGCCAUGUGGGUAGCCAACCUGAUUCUUCUUCGCGACAAGGCCAAGCACAGAGCGCAAAUGUUGGAGAAAUUCAUGAAUAUUGCCAUCAAGCUCCGCCAACUCAACAACUAUAAUGGUCUUUCUGCUGUGCUUGCGGGAAUCAACGGAAUCGCCAUCCAUCGACUUGCACAGACUAGGCAACUUGUGCAUCCCGAUGUGCAAAAGAAGUUUGCGCGGGCUGUAAUUCUCAUGAGCACGCAGAAGAGUCAUUCUGCGUACCGUCUUGCCUGGGAAAAUUCGCCGCUCCCGCGCAUCCCCUUUGUUCCGUUACAUCUGCGCGAUCUGGUCAACGCGGAGGAGGGCAGCAAGACCUUUGUGGGACCGAACGGCGACCGUGUCAACUGGAGAAAGUUUGAGGUUCUCGGAGAUGUGCUGUUGCCGCUGAUGAAGAGCCAGGGCACGGCGUAUCCAAACCUGGUCCACAACAUGACCACUCGCGAGCUCAUCCUGGGCUGUCGGAUGCCCACGGAUGACGAGGAAAUCUACCAAAGAAGCGUCGAACUGGAGAGCAGCAACUCCGCCGGCGUCUUCGACCCAGCCAAGAAGAAGUUUCCCUGGUUUGCCAAAUAG